UGACAGUGUAUCACAUACCUUAUCGAUAAGUACUAUUCCGGAAUAAUUAUAAACACAAUUUAACAAUCAGCAAAAAAUCUAAUGCGAAGCUAAAUGCAGUAAAUCGUCGACGAUUUACUCUCAUUAGCUAAGUCGUUAAUUGGUUGAAUGGUCUUGCAUAUUUGCUCUUCAAAAUGGGAUCAAAAAAAGUAGUGAUAAGUGUGGUGUAUUUAAUUUUAGUUUUAGGUAUAUCAUUAUGUUUAGCAAAUAGUGGCAAUAUUAAGGAUUGUGGAUCCGAGACUGGCCAAAUAGUCAAAAUCGAGUUGACAGAUUCUGAAGGAGGAGAUCGAUUUCCAAUAAAGCAGGGAACAAACCCAUCAAUUCUGGUGACGUUUAAAUCGAAUACCUACUCUAAAACCCUAAAUGCAGUCGCCAUAGGUACAGUUGGCUCGAAUAAAGGCAAAUAUAAUUUAAGAAAUCCUAACGCUUGUGAGUUGGGAGUGACGUGUCCAAUAAACUCCGGAAACACCUACAACUAUACUCUCAACCUGUUUGUAAUUAAGAGUUAUCCCUUAGUAAAAAUAGAUCUUGAGCUACACCUGAAGGACGAAAAUGACAAAGACGUGAUUUGUGCUUUAAUACCAGUUGAGAUUGUACCCUAAGCCAGAUAAUUCGCAUAAUUUAUCGAAAUGAAAAACGAUACGAAAUCAGAAAAAUUCUCUAUAGCUAUUCUUAAAUUCUUUUAAACUGUUAAAACUAACAUAUUUUAAUAUUAUUUUCUUUAAUACAAUUUUUAACUUGCAA